AUGUCGAGCCCUCCGACAGCGAAACGACCCCGCAGCGACUCUGAAUCUGCACCUGGCAAGUCUCAAUAUGCCAGGGACGACGAGUUCUGGUUCGCAGACGGGUCCAUUGUGCUUGUUGCGGGAAACACGACGUCCCGGGUCUAUCACGGCAUUUUAGCGACAAACUCAGUCGUAUUCCAUGAUAUGCUCCAAUUUCCACAGCCUCCGACCAUGCCCUCCCUCAGUGGAUGCCCCACCCUGGAGAUCUCUGACUCGCCCACAGACUUGAAGCAUCUGCUGCGAGUCUUGCGAUCAAUCCGAGCGACAGAUGCGCCCGUCACGAUGGAGUACAUCUCGGCCCUUGUCCGUCUCUCCCACAAGUACCAAAUGGAAGGGAUCCUGACAGACGCGCUCAGCCAUCUCACCGACUACUAUAACUCGGAUUACAGCGAGUGGCUGAAACGGGACCAGAAGCCGCUCAAAGUGAAGCCCAUCCACGCCAUCGAAGCCGUCACUCUUGCCCGCCUCACCGAAACAUACACUAUCCUACCUUCGGCGCUUCUCGCAUGCGCGGUCAACGUCGGGGAGAACAUUCUCGACGGGUACAACCGCGAAGACGGGUCGCUGGUCACCCUCUCCACCGACGACCUGAAAAGGUGUUUUUCCGGAUACCGGCGACUAAAGGACCAGGAAGCGCUGUCUGUCCGAGAACUGGCCGAGGUAGUUGGGGAAAGCGGCGGGUGCUUGCAGCCCAUGAGAUGCCGGAAGGUGAUGCUCGAGUUCUGGGAUUCGGUUCAUGGACGAUUCGGGGAGAAUCGUAGCGACUUUCUGCGUCCAUGGGCAGAGCUGCUGGGCCGGUUCAGAUCGUCGGAAUGGGUGGGUAUAUGCGCGCAGUGCUCGAGGAACGUGCAGCGCGAACCGAAGUUCGUCAGGGGGCGCCACGGAAUCUGGAAUGAUUUGCCCAGGACCUUCUCCGUUGAUGUACCUCAGUGGCCCGUGCGCGUGGACGUAGCGUAGUGGUGUAUUUGCUGCAGUACGCACUUGUACAGGCGCGUUCAAACUGACCCGCCGCUCUCUCGCGAUCGAGUAGGGCAUGUUUUGGCGGCUACACGAC